UCAUAAAUCUGAUGGAUUUAUAUUAUUAAUUGGUUGCAAUUAAAAGCUCAGAGAAAUGAUCUCGAUAUUUUUAAAAACACGUGAGUAGUAAAUAUUUGUUUUAUCACCGUGAUAAUGAUGAAAAGAAACCGUAAAAUAAAUAAAUAAAUUUUGACACGAUUGAUAAAUAAAAAUAAAUAAUUAUUUAAAAAUAAUGACACGAGAAUGCUACUUAUUUACAUUGGAUUCAAAUAAUUAUCCAGCGACUAGAGCUUAUUUAAAUAAAUUAACUAAAAGAUAGACGUAAUUAUUCAAAGUGUUCAGAUGAGUAAUCACUCACGAACUCUAAGUUUAUUAAGUGUAAUGGCCUUAUCUAUAAUAAAUAUAAUCUUGACAUUUUUUCUACUUCAAUCACGGACCUGCGACCCAAAUGAAAUCCCCGAGGAAUUAAAAUAUGAGGCUGUGACUACGUGGGGCGUCGAGUCACAGCCAGAAGACAACCAUUCAACCCAGUGCCUACCCCCGUAUUUUAAAUCCACUAUUAAUUUAAUCAACAACACUGACAACACUAUUCUAAAUUUAGAUAUACGCUUCGGUAGAUACGACAAUCGUCGUCAGUUUAAAACAUUCGAUUCAGUAUUAAUUGGAACGCGAUUCGCGGAAUUGUCGCGUGCGAACGCAGUCUGUCUGGCGACCCAGACAUCCUUGGAGAAGCUGCACUCUCUGGUCCAGGUGGCUCACCAUUGGACAGGUUCUAUUUCCGUGGCUUUGUACACUGCCGGUGAUGAAGAAUUCGAGGCUCUUCAAAAAUAUAUAACGUAUCUGCGUAAAUGUUACACGCCAGUACUUGAGCGGAUUAAUUUUUCUCUGGCAAUCCCUAGGAGUAAAUUACCCGUCAAGCAGCCCCGGAGCUACGAACCACCGAUGGGCUAUGGGUGCUCGCGACCGGAAGCAACACUCAAUGAUCUAGUUAGUAAACUGUCUAAGGAACAUAAUAAUUGGCGUGUCCGCAAUGUCUAUCCGCAGAACCAUAUGAGAAACUUGGCACGGAAGAAUUGUCAAACUGAUUGGGUUUUUCUUACUGACAUUGAUAUUAUACCCAGUAUUGGACUUGCUAAUUCACUUAAUAUAUUUUUACGUGAUACUGAACGCUGUGAUAAGUGUGCUUACGUUAUUCCUACAUAUGAAAUAGACACGCGAGUUAGAUUUCCAGCAAACAAAAGUGAAUUGGUAAGACUUGCGCGUAAAGGUCUUGCUAGACCAUUUCAUUGGAAGGUUUUUAUUCAUAAUCAGUAUGCUACUAAUUUUACCAGGUGGGUAUUGGAUGUGGCGCCAGAGUCAAAACAAUUUAAAAAUGUAGUCAGUGGGAAAGCAUACAUAAGUCAUAAUGUAACUGAUUUUGAAUUUCUUUAUGAACCUUUUUAUGUUGCUAAAGAUAUUGUACCACCGCAUGACGAAAGAUUUAUGGGCUAUGGAUACACUCGUAAUACACAAGUUUAUGAAAUGUUUAUUGCUGGCUAUCAAUUCAAAGUCCUGUCGCCAGUAUUUACAAUUCACUGGGGUUUGCAGACAAGAAAAAGCCGCUCAGUGUGGCGUGAAAGACAGAAUAUCAUCAACAGACGACAGUUCGAACAAUUUAAGAAAGAAAUUUAUACAAAAUAUAUGCACAAUACGUUGGGAUUGAUCAAUACAUUUUACUAAAUAAAGAU